AUGGCUCCCCCUCACAAUCCACCGAUUGAUCCUCAGCUCGAUCAAUCAAGUCCUUUUUUCGUUCAUCCAAGAGACGAACCUUCAUCAAUUAGCGUCGUCGUCGUUAGAAAGGAAGUAAGGCCGCCGGAGAAUAAAGAAAGACAUUAUUUGCUGCAAGAGAUGAAAAUCUUGGAGGCUAAUGUUUCUGCACUUACAAAUUUUGAGGUCCUUGAUUUCAUACGAGGUAAAGGAGCUUCAAAAGAUCCAACACGGGUUAUUGCCAAAGUAGCAAUGUCCGAAUACAAGGUUUAUGAUUAUUUAGUUAAUACUGCAGCUGGUAGUCAAACAAGAGAGAGCGUCAAAGAAUAUUUGACAAGUAUUAAACGGCAUGAGCUGUCAGAGGCUGAGGUUCUGAAUGUAUUAAACAUCAGACCAGCUGCUGAAGUUGAGUUAUUUCAUAUCAUAGAGGAUUGUACGAUCCGUUUUCCAGAUGAACAGAUAGCUGAAAUAGUAGAACUGGUAGAAAAAACAUUGCCAGCACCACCUAACAAAGAAAUCUCUGAGGGUGAAGAAGAAACUGAAACACAGAAACAUGAAAACGGUAAUGAGAUUAGUCAAGAUCAAACUGAAGAUGGAGAACAAAUGGACACAAGUUGA